AUGUCUCAUGCACUCUUGCUUCGCCUUUUUCUUUCCCCCUCUUUCUUCUCCGUCCACGUAGCGUUGAAGUACCUCAUGCUCUAUGCCGACAACAUUGGCAUCACAUACUACCUCACCCGAAGGUUGAGAGAGCUUGACACCCAAGAGCUACGGGACGUGUGGGGCUUCAUAUGCCACUUGCUUGUUACUCGGCCAUCAAACUCGCGAGCGCUCGAGUGUUUCGUGGUCGAGAUCGCGCAACGCUCUACGCACAUUGCAGUGAUGACACUGUUUUACAUGCAGGCAUCCCUUCAGGACUUGUCCGCAUGUCCCAACUCACCAGCCUUCCAAGUCUGUCAAAGGACUUUGCAUCGGUGUCAUGAAAUCAUUUUCGCCGACUUACCCUCUCCCGCAUCAGUUCCUUACUCUGGGUUAACCGUGUCAUUUCAAUCACGAUUCGCUCGUAAGCGAGUUAAACCGCACGUCGAACCUGCUCUUGUCGGGAUUGGGCUCGUCUUGGCGGGAGCCCCUGUGAUGCCCGGGUUAACUGAGAUCAUGGGCGAAGUUGCUUUGCAACAGGGCCAGGCAGAGGGUGAUGUUAUAGAGGAGAAAGGGGCGAAUACCAACGAAGAACCACCAGCAAGUGCUCCUUCCGGUAGCUCUGACGCCGCAGAAGAUGACAGCAAUACUUCGGACGAGAAGGUGGAAGAUGACGGAUGCCUCCGGAUUGGAGGAAGCGUCGCGAAAACGAUCAUCGGUGCCCGGACAAGUCCUGCCCUUACGCUAGUGCAUAAUCUACACCGAUCUCACCUGUCGGAGGACCCCCUCGACCAACUUGAUCCAUUAAACCCUGCACUUCCGCCGAACCCAUACCAGUCCCUGCCCUCGAUACCCUCUUCCCACUCGCCUUUAAGGCAAAGCACACUACCUGCAGAUACUCUACUUGAACGCUAUGACAUUCAAUCUCAGUCUUAUCUCCUCAGAAGUCAUUACUGUCAGUCGGAGAUUUUAUUCUUGCUCGCAUUAGAGGAAAUAUCCAAUCACCUACUUGUCGUGCCAAAGCCUGCGCGGAUAAGUGCCCUACGAGCAGAGCUGACCGCUCUGAACCAUAAAUUACCUGCUGAGGUUUGCAUGCCAAUGUGGUGCUCGUCUUCUGACACCAUAAGCCCUCUACCCUCUGGGGAGUCUGUUGUUCUCAACUCCGCAGAGCGAGCUCCAUAUCUUCUUCAUAUUGAAAUCCUGCACGAUGAUCUUGACUUCGACCCUACCAAACGAGGGAACAAGGAGAUACUAAAGAGGAUUGUGACCAAAGAAAGUGAAGAGAAGGGUACAUCGCGAGAUCUAAUCCCAUUCACAGUACCUCGUAUGAAGUCGCUGCGUGGCCCAGCCUCGGAGGGGGUGAAUGUCAUUGGUUCAAAUGGUGUGCUAGGCAAAGAUUCGACAGACAUACAAGAGGAGGGUAAUGAGACAGGUUCUGAAACUCCUGUACUCACGCUCCCGUCUGAUAGUACCACCUCGCUUGUUCAAGACGAGCAGGAGGUAGAUUUGGUUGAACAGCUAUAUGGUGCCGGCCAGUCGCUGCGUGGUCCCAUAGACCUCGAGGAAUCUAUUGUUCUGCCUCCUCCACCGAAGAACAGGGAGCUAGAAUUAGUAGCAUGGUCACGCACACGAUCGGCGCCGUCUCCAUCCACGGUGGAACAAGGCACGACCUCGUCAUUGGACAGCAGGACGGCAACUAGCGGGAGAUCACUGUCUUUGGACGACUAUUCCGAACGGAUGCGAACUGCAGCUGUUAUGCUUGCUCAGCUAAAUGCUAGUCUCGUGCGCGAGACUGUUACGCCACUUAGUGGACCACCCGGGUCCGGGUCAGCAACGCCCUCUGCACAAGAUGCUCCUUCGUCUUCAUCUGCCCCAUCGAGGCCUCUUAGUUGGCUCGCUGGAUCAGGAUCACAUGGACCCCUUCACCCGUCGCUGGGUGGCAAGCCAAGGCCUUCUGAUGCCUCGCCUCCAGCACCGACCACUCGCAUGCGAGUAAACCACGCCGAAGCUGCUUCCAUCCGUGAUAGAAUCAUGAAGGAAAUGAUCUCACUUGAAGAGGAGCGGAUGGAACGGAUGCGUGAAGGAGAAAUGGGACUUGCAGAGUCCGGUGGGUGGAAGACAGCGGAGGACGAGGGGAUAAUUAAGCGGGAACUUAGCAAGGCCGACCCAUCUGCUGUGGUGCUCAGCGAGUCAUGGGCUACUAAAAAGAGUCGUAUACGCCACGCGUCACCUUAUGGUCACUUGGCAAAUUGGGACUGCGUCUCUGUUAUUGUCAAAACUGGGGGAGAUUUGCGGCAGGAACAGGUUGCAGUCCAGCUCAUUCGUGAGUUUGGGCAGAUAUGGCAGGAAGAGAAAUGUCAGUGUUGGGUUCGCUACUUCCGGAUACUCAUCACGGGUGCAUCCUCGGGACUCGUAGAGACAAUCAAUGAUGCCGUUUCCAUCCAUUCGAUCAAGAAGGCUGAAUAUGCCCGACGUUUAGCGGAAGGUCGGCUAGGACACGUAACGUUACUGGACCACUUCAAAUCCACGUAUGGUGAUCCCUCAACCGCCAAAUUCCUCCGAGCACAACGGAACUUCGCCAAGUCCCUUGCAGGAUAUUCCAUUGUUACUUAUCUUCUCCAGAUAAAGGACCGCCAUAAUGGCAAUAUUUUACUUGACCCAGAGGGACACCUGAUCCACAUUGACUUCGGUUUCAUGCUGUCCAAUUCCCCCGGUAACAUCGGUUUCGAGGCUGCACCUUUCAAAUUGCCGCCUGAAUACGUCGAGGUACUUGGCGGCGUCGAGGGUGAGCCAUUCCUGGAAUUCAAGCGGCUGCACGGAAACACUUGUGAUAGGAUUAUCACGUUGGUGGAGCUGAUGCAGAAAAAUUCGACACUGCCGUGUUUUGCCGCUUUCGGGGAGCAAACGGCGAAUCAGCUCCGCGAUCGUUUCCAGCCAGCUCUCACGCAUUCUCUUGUUCGGGAGUACGUGGAUCGGUUGAUCGACAGCUCCCUGGGAUCCAACUGGACUAGGCUAUAUGAUUCUUUUCAGUACUAUUCGCAGUCCAUCCUGUGA